AUGUACUCGCUGAUUCUAUUUUACAUGGCGGUACAGCGGCCGCUAGCGCCGUGGCGGCCUCUGCCGAAAUUUCUGUUUCUGAAGGCAAUUGUAUUUCUUUGCUUCUGGCAGUCCCUCGCCUUGCGGUGGUUAGCGGGGCUGUUGCUGCCGGGCGACGGCAACGGAGCAGCAGCAGCAGCAGCAGCAGCAAGGCUGCAGGACUGGCUCAUCUGCAUAGAAAUGGUUCCUUGCGCGCUGGCGCACAUGUGGGCAUUUCCUGCCAGAGAGCUGGAGGCCUUUGAAAAGCUGGAGAGCAGCAGCGGCAGCAGCAGCCGCAGCAGCGCAGCAGCAGAUGAGUGGUCUAUGCUGCUGCAGCGCAGCGAUGCUGCUGCUGCUGCUGCCCACGGCGCAACGGGAAACGCCGCGCACCCCAUAUCCGGCGACGACAGCAGCAGCAGCAACAGCAGCAGCAGCAACAGCAACAAACUGAAAAAACCCCUGAAGCAGCUCGUCAGCGGGGUGCAGCAAUUGCUGCUGUCUGAUGCUGUGCUGAGUGACGCAACGCAUGCAGUCUUUGGGCCGAAGCAGCAGCAACGAGAGUUCAGCCUGGAGACGCGUUCAGUCACUGCUGCAGCAGCAGAAACUUAG